AUGGCGGAGAUUCGCAGAAAGCUUGUCAUUGUUGGUGACGGAGCCUGUGGCAAAACUUGUCUCCUGAUCGUCUUCUCCAAGGGUACAUUUCCAGAGGUCUAUGUCCCAACCGUCUUCGAGAACUACGUUGCCGAUGUCGAGGUUGAUGGAAAGCACGUUGAGCUAGCUCUAUGGGAUACGGCUGGACAGGAAGAUUACGACCGUCUCCGACCUCUUUCAUACCCAGAUUCGCAUGUCAUCCUCAUCUGCUUCGCCGUCGACUCCCCCGACUCCCUCGAUAACGUUCAGGAGAAGUGGAUUUCCGAAGUCGUACAUUUCUGCAGAGAACUCCCAAUCAUUCUCGUUGGAUGCAAGAAGGAUCUCCGUUACGACCAGAAGACCAUCGAAGAACUCCACAAGACAAGCCAAAAGCCUGUUACCCCCGAGCAGGGUGAGGAGACCCGCAAGAAGAUUCAAGCCUAUAAGUACCUUGAGUGUUCAGCAAAGACCAAUGAGGGUGUCCGGGAGGUUUUCGAGCACGCUACCCGUGCCGCACUCUUGACCAAGAAGAAGAAGGAGAAGAAGUGCAUUGUCCUGUAA